UUCACACCUAACCUUUUCACUGAAGAAAACAAGAAGAAGAAGAAAAAAAAUUGACAUGGACUGGGGGUCAGUUUCAACUUUCAACUAAGAAAAAUAGAACAAAAGUUGAAUGAGAACAGGAUGUUAAAGAUGAAAAUAGUGUAACAGGAGUUACUGUUUCCAGGAACAUAACACAUCUUGGCAUUGAGUACAAGCAUUUAGAGAACUCCUUGCAGUCCAUUUCUUGGUGCAAGGUCCAAAGAAAAGAAUUCCAGAGAGGGGAAAGAGAAAAUUAAAUGGUAUUACAAAUUUGGCAAAAUAACAUGUUACAUCAUGCACAGGGCAGUUUGGGUGAAGCUUUUGAUCUCAUUCACUUUCUCUUUCUAGCUGUAUAUUGGCUUUACCAACACAACACCCAUUGUAUAUGUAAUGCUAACGUAGCAUUGCAUUAAAUGUAAGCCAACCAGAAGCAGGACGAGGCUCUAUAAGCAACCUCAAACUUAUAUACUCCUCUGUUUCUAAUGGUGGUGAUGCUCUUAAGUUGAACAAUAGUAAAUUUUGUGGUGCUUUAAACAACUCAAUGAGAGAGAGAGAUAGGGGUCACAAGUUAAGUUGUUGAUUAAGGUACAUUCUACUAGUAUUAUUGCUUCUGAUCUGCACUGUGAGUGUGUAAGGGAACUAGGUACAAUGUCGAGGACUUGCCGGCUCAUUCUGUACAUUUCGGUGGACAGUCUUGAUGGAGUGACUCAAGUUGAGCCAGAAGGUGGAUGGGAGUACCCUUUCCUCUGUUACCACAUCCAAGUCGAUUGCAAAAAUUGUAACAGAGAGCUGUUGGAAAUUGGUUAUCUUCCAUUAUACUUAUGUGCAGGUAGGAUGGAAGAUGCCCAAUAUCAUAAAGCCUUAGCUUGCCCAAAGUGCAUGGGGUGUGGUGGUUUGAGGAUUCUGAAUAGGGGAGGGGAACCAAUCACGGAUGAAGGACAAGACAUGCCUGUGAUGGAGAUAGAGGUUGUUGGCUCUUUUCAUGUGCACGAGAAACUCAAACUGUUCUAUUUUAAGUGGAUUUGCAGAAAGGAUGAUGGCAGUGGGGAAUUUUUGGAGCCUUUUUCUGUGGACAAAGAUGGGAGCUACGCGUUUAGUGAUUCAGGUGAUGAAUCUGAUGAUGAUGAUGAACUUUUUCAAAUCAAAGGGAUCAAAGGAUGUUUCCAAGUCACACCACGGGAAGAAGAGGUGGAGGGACUCUGGAUUAAGGUGGCUUCCAAGUCAUCCCAGGCCUGCGAUUCAGAUUCGAAUUCGGAGGAUUCGGAUGCUGAUUCUGAUGAUUAAUUCAGGUGCAAGUGCAUGCUUUAGGGAGGCUAACAUCAGUCCAUGACUGAUUACUGAUUGCUAUCUAUAUGGUUUUCCAACUAUAUAUUCUAUGUAAGACUGAUCUCAGUUUAGUUUUAUUGGAUGGAAGAUGGGAACAAGUUUGCUUAAAUUUCCUAUUAUUUUUUAAUUAGCUUUCAUUUACUGAGGCUUAAGGCUCAUAAUUAACCAUCAUGAUGUUAUUUGAUACAUGUUAAUUCAUAGCAUCUGGUAGUUAAAAGCAAGAGCUUGAUUUGUUCUUUGUCAAGCUACUAGGGUGCUGAAGUAGAUAGAUGUUGAUUAAUUGUACCCAAAUGAUGUGAGUUUUAACUUAUAAUAUAAACCCUGAGUCCAAAAGUAAAUGGGGUCAAGGAUAUUUAUAAAUAUAAAAUAUAGCAGCACAGCACUUUUUCCAGGUAGCAGUUUUUGAUUGGGUCAUGUCUAAGUCCUAAAGUACUUUUUACGUUGAUGGCUGAGGCUUCAAUGCUUUAGUUGUUGAGGUUAAACUUGAACCUUUAAAACUUGUUUAUUUGUUAAAGUAAUAGCACAGUGACCUCUUUACAUACUUUCCUGGAUGGUAGUUCAGACAUUAGCAUACAUGAAUUAUGUCAUGAAAGCUAUAUCCUACUGACAGAAAUCACAAACAAACAAUCACUAAAAUUCAUAUUAAUUAGGUUUAGCACCACCAUCAUCAGAUUAACCUAUAAACACAAUCCCUUUUGUACAUGCAUGUUUUCUGAGUUACCAUAUAAAUCUGCAGCUACAGUUAAUAUUUCUCAAAGAACAAAUUUUCUACCACAUAUCUUAACUAUAUCAUCUGAGAAACCAGUGAGUUUGUGUAGCAGACCAAAAUGUUUGGGUUAUAUAUAUAUGCCAAGGGAUGUAACUUUCACAAAAGUAAAGAAAAAGAAAGACAAGGAGAAUGAAUGUUCCUUUGUCACUAGAAAGAUCAAAUCAAAUGGUAAUAGUUUUGAAGUUCUUGCAUUAUCAAAUUACAUUUGUUACAACCUCUUAGAGGUUUUUCAAAAUGAUUCUUAAUAAUAUAUAAACAUGGUAAACUUGGAAAUCUCCUAUUAAAGCAUAACAAAGCUAACACAUGUUAGUACAAUUGGAAAGAAAGGCCCUUUGGUAGUGAAAGUUUCUCCCUGUUGAAGUAACAAAUAAAGACUAAUGAACAAAAUCUUUCACAAUCUUGGUUAAGAUUAGUAUUUGAUCAUGGUUUGAUGCUAAUACUUAAAUCAUAGAAUCAAUUUAGUCCAGUGAAGAUAGACAAGGGCAUAAUCAUGAUUUCCACUUAAAUCAUUUCGGGCAAAGAGAUUUACAUGCUCAGUUGUGCCGAAAGAUAAAAAAGCAGGCAUAUAUAUUUUAGAUGGUGCUCAUAAUUAUGGUUGAAUAUACACAAUAAUUAACAACUUUUACUGCCAACACCUAAUGAAGGCUGACUUCAGAUAAUAAAACGAUCAUCUAGUAACAAAUCAUUAUGGUGAAAUGAAACUAAGUACAAUACUGAUUAUUGUCUGAGGCCAAAAAGCCAAGAGUAGUGAUCUUUGUCACUAAUCAAACACAAAAUAAA